ACUUGAAUAAUAAUUAUGUUUUAUUAUACAGUUUUAUUAUUAAUAACUGUAUUAUUUAUUAUAAGUUGUAGUGGUACUGUAGAAGACGAUAAUGACGUAGCAAAGUGCAUUGCUGAUUUAAAGAAAGCUGGAAUUUCGGGAAAAAUUGGAUUUAUAAACUACUGCUUUGCAAUGCAAUUUAAGUUUUCAGAUGAUGAUGAACAUUUGACUCACGAAGAAAGUUUGGAUCAAAUAAAAAAACAUAACAAUAUUACAGAAUUAAGCAAACACGUAGAAAAAUUUUUCAGAGAUAGUUGGGAAUUAUCUAAAAUGGUUGGAAGAGUACUUUUUACACCGUACGAAUUUUGUGAUGACCAUUAUAGGACAAAGCAUCCUGUUUAUUCUGUAUUAUUCUCUAUUGAAAAAAGUAAGUCCACUAAAUUUACACAUUUAAUUUAUAAACAUUCUAUAAAUAGACAUAUUCAUAUUACAAAAAAGGUUAAUGCACGUUUCAGUAUAUACAAUUGUUGAAUGAAAUAACGUGUGCGUCUUUGUGAUAAACUUAAGGAUAGUUACUAUACAAAAAUAGCAUAUCCUUUAGGUGCUAUAUAAACAGUGUAUUUACUGUGUGGAUAUUAUUCAGUUCAGUACAUAUUCUAAUAGUUUAUGAUUCAUAAUACUAAUUAACUACUAUUACGGUUAAAUAUUUAAAGGUGUUGUUGGUAAGUUUAUAAUUGUUUGUACAUUUUUAAUUAAUUUAUUAAAGUAUGCAUCAGACCUUUAGCAUUAAGCUCUUUCCUGUUAUUCUGAGUUAUUUACAGGAUUGAAAAAUGUAUAUAGUAACGCUAACCGUUAUCCAUAAUAUCUAUUUAUCUUCAACUACCAGUCACGGCUUCCAAUAUCCCACUCGCUUACCUAUCAACUGGGGGAGGUCACUUAGGAACUGUGGCGCCACUGAACCGGUCGACCGCCUGGACCAAGCAGUCGUGUGUUGGAUCGUGAAUAAGUCAUUUUUUUCUGUAAGAGUAUUUAAGAACCAGAUAAUGAGGUAUAUUAUUAUUCUGGUUAUGAUCAACAUUCAAAUUCUAUAUACAUCAUCUCUUGUAUGUUUAAUGUGUACGUUUAACCAUGUUAAAUAUAUACCUUACAACUAAUCAGUAAAACUUAGUAAUUUAAUAAUAUUGUAUUAAUUCAUGUUGUGUCGCCAUCAUCUACUCGCAACUGGUGGACACUGCGUCAGAUGUAAAUUGGAAACUGAAGAGUGGCUAUAGUAAUUAAUGUAGAAGGGAAUGGAUGGUGAGGUGGACCGACGAAGAGAUGGAUUAACAGAAUAGAGAAUUGCGAAUGACAUGAAUAUAGCUGGUGUGAGUAAAACGAGUUAGGUAGCCGACCUCGUAUAGUAAGGACUAGUUGGGAACUGUCGUUUAUAAUCAAUACAAUAUUAUUAAAUAAAUGAUUGACAAUCGUGAUACCACAUACCUGGUGUUCACCUAGAGUGUUUGUUAAUCUUUACCUAACCACAUGGAUAACAGCCAGGGCUUGAAACCGUUUUCAAAACCGAUUUCAGAAACCGUUAUAAACCGUUUUAAAACCGAAACCAAAACCGUAAUCAAAAACGAAACCGAAAAAAAUUGG